AUGCUAGUUGUUCGCUGUCUCUCAAGUGGAGAAUCGUUUUCUUUACCUUUGAUAGAGGAGAGGGAAUCUUUGCAUAGAGCUGGUGGGUCUCCAUGGGGAGUGGGACUCUUGCUUGUGUUCCUUUUGUUCAUGAUAGGUUAUCAGUCUUCUUUUCAUGAACGUUGGUUUCCUUUGGCUAGCAAAUGA